UUCACACCACAACCAGAAGGGAACAUUUCUUCGUUUCUUUUCGCAAACGUUACCCGAUGGAGCGAUAUGACGCUAAAGUGAUAUGCUAAUUUGACACCACAGCGGAAAUAUUUGGAUUAUUCCACUGUCUAGGGAAUUUUGAUCCAAACAUAUUUCAAAGCUGUAACCCUCCCUUGCCUGCAGAAAGUCUACUCUUCUUGCUGUGAUUGAAAUUUAAAAAAUACAACGAUGGCUUUCGCAGGUCUCAAAAAACAAAUCAACAAAGCUAAUCAGUAUAUGAGUGAGAAGAUAGGAGGAGCAGAAGGAACUAAAUUUACUGAAGAGUAUACGGAGAUGGAAAGAAAAACAGACUUGACAAAUGAACUUGUUGAAGACCUUCUGAAUAAAACAAAAGAAUAUCUGCAGCCUAAUCCAGCUUCCCGAGCAAAAUUGAUGGUAAGUUCAAAGCUUCGCGGAGGAGCCAAAGCACAUGCAUAUACUCAGCCAGAAGGAACUCUAGGAGAAUCUAUGGUGAAAUAUGGCAAAGACCUAGGAGAGGAAUCACCCUUUGGUCUUAGUUUGAUUGAAUGUGGUGAAGCCUUGAAACAGAUGGCAGAGGUGAAAUAUGCACUUGAAGAUAAUGUGAAGCAAAAUUUUCUAGAGCCCUUGCAUCAUUUACAAACAAAAGAUAUAAAAGAUGUUAUGCAUCAUCGUAAGAAACUUCAAGGAAGACGACUAGAUUAUGAUUGCAAGAAACGAAGGCAAGCAAAAAGUGCUGCUCACACACCUAAUGCAGCAGGGGCACAUUUGAGCGAAGAAGAAAUUAAACUUGCAGAAGAUAAAUUCGAGGAGUCUUUUAAUUUAGCAUCAAUGGGAAUGUUCAAUCUUUUAGAAAAUGAUGUUGAACAAAUUUCACAAUUGGCUUCGCUGGCAGAAUCUUUAUAUGAUUAUCAUAAUCAAUGUGCAGCUAUCCUACAAAGUGCCGUAGAACGACUAAAUGAACAGAGAAAUGAAGCUGCUAGUCGUCCAAGGGAAACAUACCAACCUAAGAAACUUCAUGAAUUAAAUAUACCUUCCUUACAUGAUGACAUAUCUCCACAAGUUGAAUAUGGAGGUAAUUUAAAUGGUGGUACAGUAAUCCCUUCAAUAAAAGCUUCUCCAGCUCGUUCUCCUGCCGGCACUCCUGUCGAUCAUCCACCUCAUAAAUCUCUGUUUCUUGGUGGCCUUACUGCUGGAGGUGGCCAAACUUCGGCCACCUCACCUGGUCGCUCUCCUAACCGUUCCCCUAACGCAUCGCCACUACCCUCUCCUGUUCGUUCUCCAGCCAGGACUCCUGUUGUGCAACAACCUUGUGCUCAAGCUCUCUAUGACUUCGAACCUGAAAAUGAAGGAGAACUGGGCUUCAAAGAAGGUGAAGUUAUUACAUUAACUAGUCGUGUGGAUGACAAUUGGUUUGAGGGAACCAUCCAUAAUCGUACAGGCCUUUUCCCUGUCAACUACGUUCAAGUUCUGGUGCCAUUGCCAUAAUUUCAGAUCUUUUAUCUUUUGAAAUUAACUAUUGUGGAAGUGAGAUGCCAGUGAAAAGUAGUUCCGAACUUAUUUGUGUUGAUAUUGUUUGGUUUUCUUUUUUCAAAACAGCCUUGCCAAAGAUGUUUGCAGUUUUACAUUUAGUAACUAAACAAAGAUGCACUUAUUUGUGUAUGGAAUACAUUUAUUUCUGAAAUAACAAGUUGACUGCAUCAUAUUCAUAAAUAUUCAUCUGUAUUUUUAAGAAUUGCAUUUGUACAUUAAAUUGUUGCACUGUGCUCUUGUUUUUGUGUCUGAAAGUUCCUUUGUGUUAUUGGUUUGUGGCCAGUAGUUUUGCUCUUGAAAUGCAUGCAAUGAUUUAUGAUUUUGUUUUCUCUAAUUUUACAGUAUUACAUUACAGAUGUUUUACUAUUGACUUAAAUUUAUUUAUGUUAAUAUGACCACUAUAUUCUAACUGUAAGUGGACCUAUUUUAUUUAUUCAUAAUUUUAAUAGUGAUCGUGAGACAAAUUAUCAUGAACUUUUUGAUAUUUCAGAUAUAAAUUUUCAUGUUUCAAUUGUUAUAAGUUUUUGAAAUGUGCUGAUAUAAAUUGAAUGUUGUGUUUAUUCUGAUGAAACAUCUUCUUUGUCUGUGGAAUGAAAAUAUGUGUCGAUUCAUAAUUUUGUUUUCCUGUUUUUAGCAAUUAUUUAUUAAAAAGUAUAAAUUUUUCAUCAUCACAGUUUUCUCCUACCUCAUUUCAUUGUUUAAUUUUUGUGCAUGCUAAUUUGAAACACUGUCUGAAUAACAUAUUAUUAGAAAUCUCUAUAUAAUAAAUGUAUUUAUGUAUAAAAUUUUAAAACUUAUUAAAUUAAAAUAUGUUACAAAAAUUUAUUAAUUUGCUGUCUCUUUAUGUGUAUCACUUUUCUUGUGUGGCUGGUCCACUCACAGUUAUUUCAUAUUGCUAGAAAAAUUUAAAUAAUGGCAUUUCAGAAUUGAAUUUUUUUGUAUGUAUUGAAAUUGUGAAUUUAUUUUUAAAAUUUGCUAUAGCUAUAUAGCAUUGUAUUUUAAAUUGAAUACUUCAUUAAUGUAAUAUUUGAUCAUUAGAAGGAAAAAAAAAAAAAACCUAAAGAAAAUGAGCUCUUGUUAGAAACUGUCUCAGGUUACUUAAUGAUUAUAUCAUAAAUAAUAAAUUAGUUCAAACAAGUAUUGAAAUUGAUCAUUGUAAACUGCAUAAGGAAAUCUAUAAGAUAGCACUCUACACCUGAGACGCUACUUCCUUCCACUUCUAACCUUCUGUCCCUCCAUUAUUUACUGCUAGUUUGUGUUGAAAACAACAUUAGCUUUAGUGAUUGAAACAAGUCAUAAUAGGGGGGAAAUUAACGAACUUUUAGAAGUGAGGUAAUAAUCAAUUUUGCCAUAUUUUUGUGGAGUUUUUGAUUCUUAAAUUGUAUAGAAGUUGUGUUUGAAAGAUUUAUUUAUGUUAUCGUAAAAGUAUGAUUUAAAAUAUAGUUUUAGCUGUUUUGUUCUCUUUUUUUUUUUAAUCUAACAAAAAUCAUAUCAUGUUAGAUUUUUAAAAUUGUAAUUGCUUGUGAGGUGUUUCUGAAUGUUCUUAGAAACAAUAAGUUAGUUAUGCUGUGGCCAUGAUCGUAUAAUGGUAAUUUAAUGUUUUAAUUACUUUACUGUAACAAAAUGUAAAGAGAGAUGAUAAUUCAUUUAAAAAUUAUUAAUCACUGUUAAUUGUUUGUAAAAUGCACUAAUUUUCAUCUUUCUUUUUAUAUCUUCUAUUGCAUAUGGAGGUUAUAUAUGGCUUUUGUUUUUAAUCAAAGAUUUCAGGAUUCCAUUUAUUGAAUAACAUGAUGAAUUGGAAUGCAGUAAAGGAAGUAAAUGUGACGGUUUAAUUUUUCCGUUAAAAAUUGAUUAUGUCUAUAUGUUAUUAGUGCUAAUUACAAACAAUAAAAUUAUCUUGUUUUUAUGAAGAUUAAUUUCUUGAUGUUGUAAUGCUCUCAACUCAUUCUGCAGCUAAACAGUUUUCAAUUUUUUAUUACCUGUUAUUGUGAUUUAAAUCUUUGUUUAAGAUCUCUCGCAUCAAUAUUCAACAGUUUCAUGAAUGAAAGAAAUUUUACUUUUCUUAUGAAUAUUUCUCUUCUGCUGAUGAGCUAUUUGUCAUUGUAAAAUAUAUGUGUAGAAAUUCACUUUACUUUCGACAAAAUACUGUGUAUGUUAUCAAUCAUAGAUCUUUCAAAAUAGAGGUGUGUAUGGAAUGCAAUUUGUAGUUUUCUCUAAAAUUCAUUUAGACUCACGAAUAUAUUUUCAAGGAAGAACCUCACUCGAAGUCCGUGUCCCUGUCACUUUUCCUGUUCUUAUGCAUCUAGGUGUUUACUCUCUAAUCGUCUCAGAAAUAACUCUCUUGGUGUAGCAAUGUGCUUAUCAUACUUGAUGUCUGAUACAAUGUUCUAUGGUAUAUAUUCUGAUGGAACAAACAAAUUGAGCCAUUCUGAUAGAAGCAGAAGUUUAUAGUGGUGCUUUAAGGAUGGUGAUUGUCAACAUUUGCCUUCUCGGUGUCUUAACUUUCCUUCUCUGAGGGUAUUGUUACUGAAGCAGUUUGGGGGAUUAUUUUACUAAGCGUUGUUUAGAAAUGUAUGGUUUUAUAUUUAAUAAUGUUUGUUUUUAAGUUUUAAUGAGUCUCAAUGUUAAGUUUUAAUGAAUCUCAAUAGUUUAACGUGGUUUCCAUACUUUUUUAUUAAUUUCAGUCAGUUUUUACCCAUUUUAAAAACUGACACAUAUAGAAUUUGUAUUUAUUUUGAAAAAAAAAAUUAUUCAUACUGAUUUUGAUCUAUUUGUAACCAAAACUUGUCUAAAAUUAUAUUCUAAUAUUAAGCAGUUAAUAGAGAAAUAAAAAGGCAGGAAAGAGGAAUAAGAAAGUUAUUCCUGCUAAACAGAUAAUUUAGUUAUUAACAAAAAAUUUAUAUUACCCAAUUAAAUACAAAAAUUCUAAUUUUUAGAUUUUAUUCCAUUUAAAAGUAGUAUUUUGAUUACUUCAAAUUAAGGAAACCGCGUUUAACAUAUCUGUUGAUUCUGUCCUAAGACCUGAUAGUUAUAUGUAAUUUGUGGAGUACACAAAAGGUUGAGCAAUAAUAUUUUUCAUGUUUUAAUGUUAAAUUUGUUUUGAUGUCAUUUGCUGUAUAUUGGUCUGGUUUUUGAGGAAUUGAAUACAAAUAGAUAGAGAAAUAUUAAGGAAAGUUUUCAGUGUUGAUAAAGAAAAAUACAUGUUGUGCAUUCUUUUCUUAACUUUUUGAAGCUUGUAUUUUACAACUCAGAAGCAAUUUUUUAAAUUUGACACUUUAUUUUUUUGAAACGUUUCAAAUGAAUUAUCUAUUCCCCUAAGCAGAACUUUGUGCCAUUUGUAUAUUGUGUGUUUUAGAACGUUUCAAUAGAAUGGAUGUUAUUUUUAUUUGUUUUAAACUGGGGGAAAGUGCAUUGAUCUUUCCUAGAAAUUUGCAAUACUCUAUGUAAUUUAUGUGUCAUUCUUUUGGAGAAGUUUAUUGUUCAAAUAUUUUUCAGCAAUAAAUAUUUAAGAUAUCAUUCCCACUGAUCAAGUGUUGUUACAUCCACUAAAGAAAUUUGAUUGUUGAGUGAAAGUGAUGAAAUAAAUCUUAUGUAUUUAAUGAGCA